AUGAUGUUCCUACCUUCCAGCUCGUACUGCCAGACACCCGGCCUGUCCUGGCCCACAGACGAGUGCAAUCCCGGCUGGUUCUGUACGGGCGGAGCCAAGUCGGCCCAACCGGCCACGGACGCGGAGGGCGGGCGCUGUUCUCCCGGCGAGUUCUGUCCCCGCGGCAGCUCAAAAGCGACCCCUUGCACCCCGGGGAUGUACUGCGACAACUACGGGUUGGCGGAACCCACAGGGAACUGUAUUGCAGGGUACUACUGUCUACUGGGGGCCAGAUAUCCAGAUCCAUACGACGGCGACACAGGUACAGGACACAUCUGCCCCAGGGGCUACUAUUGCCCUGAAGGCAGCAGCUAUACUAUUGCAUGUCCACCAGGAACCUUCUCUAAUAACUAUGGUAACAGGGAGGUUGCAGACUGUCAGGCCUGCACCAUGGGGAGUUACUGCGUAGGGUCCGAGAACUCUGCGCCGAGCGGGCCGUGUGCAGCCGGGUACUACUGUCCGGGGGGACAGAGCACACCCACUCCGGCAGACUUCGUCUGUCCACGCGGGCACUUCUGUCCACUAGGUAGUUUUGCGCCGGUCCGCUGUCCACCCGGGUCGUACCAGGACCAGGCGGGUGGGUCGGACUGUAAGGAGUGUCCGGCCGGGUUCUACUGUCCUCCAGCUGCCGGCUCACUGCCAUCAGGCCCGGUACCCUGUCCGGUAGGGUACUACUGCGGAAUUGGCACACACAGACCUCAUCCCUGUCCGAGAGGAACCACAUCCAACACGACCUACCUGACCGCGGCGGAGGGGUGUUCCCCGUGUCCGUCUGGCUGCUGCUGCGGGACAGAGGGACUGGCGGGGCCCACAGGAGCCUGUGGAGGUUCAUGUGUCACCGUCGGAAAUGCGUCGGAAUUUUCCUCGGCGUCCCUGAUCGCAGUGGGCAGUGUCGCUGGAGUGGCGAUCCUCGUUGCCAUGGCAACAUCUCUUCUGUAUAUAGGAAACAGGCUGGAGUUAAAGAAGAUCCAGUCUGCUAAGCGACAGCCUGGCAUGAACGGCCACUAUGGGAGCCUUCGCGAGCCGCAUUACGAGGUUAUCCCGGACACAGUUGGGAAUCCUCCGCAACUGCAGGUUGCCAGGAUACCGCCUGUUGAACACACCGAUAUAGAACUACAGGCCACAGGCACGGACCAUCAGGCUAAGGGUGUAGGGGGCCGGAACAGAAGGCACCCGAAGUUAGAGUCCUCAAUGUGA